AUGAGCGGCAGCAGCGGCAUCAUCCAUCGUCGCGGGUUUUCCUCCUCUUUCAGAAACACCGUCGUCGUCGCGAGGAAGAAAAAGACGCUCGGGAAGAAAUCGACGUCGACGGUGCGCGCGUUCGGAGGAGGAGGAGGAAGAGUAGGAACGGAGAAGAGCACUACCGACAGACCAAUGUCCGAGGUUUUAGAAAAACAGUACCAGAAGUUGAAAGAAAUCCAAGAGAACGCGGGGACAACCCCGAUGGAAAACGAGAACAACGAGAACAACAACACCGCGUGGGACGUCGUCGACGUCGGGAACCGUUUUCUCGAGGAUGCAAAAACGCGAAUUUCGGAAAUGCACGUGCCUACUUUUUUGCCUUCAUCCGCGAACUUUGACGCGUCCCCGAACGAAUUCGUGGAAAGCGCGAAACGGUGGGAAGUAGAGCAGAGCGCGAAGAUAUGGGACGCGGUGGAUGCUUUGAUCGAGCUCGGGAAACGCGCUUUGUUUGGAGGAGAGAAGAUAGAGUUUAGUUAUGCGACGGAGAAAGCGACGAGCGCGGUGAACGCGUUGGCGGAAGUCGCCAGGGCGAACGUGCCAGCCGGGACGGAUUUGACCAAGCUGGACGAGGCGUUGAAAGCAGUGACCUCGUCAACGUCUGAGUAUGCUUUAUACGCCGCGAUGAUUGCUUUCUUCGGCGUUGUUUUACUCGUGCUGAGUAACUCUGCCGAUCCGAAUAAAGGCAUGGACGAGUGGGCGGCGUUGGCGGCGAAGGAAGGCGAAGAGGAGCCGGAGGCGUUGCAAACGUACGAUCCGAAAGUCAUUCGGGAGUACUUUUCGAAACGACCGGUGGUCUUAUUGAAAAGAGCGGUGAAGUCCUUGGCGCUUUUGGGUAAAUUUUCGGUCGGUUUGUGGAUGGAUAAGAAGAUUUACGGGGAAGAGCCGAAGGAGGAGGUGAAGAAUCGAGUGGAUGCGAAACGGGCGGCGCAGUUGAAAGACGUUUUAAUUUCACUUGGGCCGACGUACGUGAAAUUGGGACAAGUGCUCUCCUCGAGACAGGAUUUGAUUCCAAAAGCGUACGUGAAAGAGUUGAGAGAGCUGCAAGAUAACGUGCCGCCGUUUGAUGACGAGCUCGCGAGACGAAUCAUCGAAAAAGAGUUAGGCUCCAACUCGGCGGACAAGACGAGAGUGGUUUUAAAUCAAGGAAAACCAAUCGCGAGCGCGAGUUUAGGCCAAGUAUAUAGAGCAAAUUUAAAGACCGAAGGUGGCGAAAAUAUCGACGUGGCGGUUAAAGUCCAACGACCGGGCGCGUUAGUCGCCAUCUCUUUAGAUAUUGGGAUCAUUCGAUCGUUCGCGGAGCCGUGGAGGAAAUUCAAAGGCUUGAACUCGGAUUUAGAAGGCAUCAUCGACGAGUGGGGAAAAAGGUUCAUCGCCGAACUCGAUUACUUAGCCGAAGCGAGAAACGGGCAGUUGUUCCGCGAAGCGAUGGAAUCGAGACAGGAUUUAGCGAACGUGGUCACCGCGGCGCCGGUGUAUACAUCAGCGACGACUCGAAAAGUGUUGACGACGGGGUGGAUCAACGGUGCUCGAUUGGACGAGUCGAAAGAAGGUGACAUUCCGAAAUUAUGUGCGGUAGCGUUGACAGCGUAUUUAUCAAUGUUGCUGGAUUUAGGUUUCUUACACGCGGAUCCGCACCCGGGAAAUUUGUUCAGACAGAACGACGGGAAGUUAGUCAUUUUAGAUUGGGGGUUGGUCACUCCGGUGUCGAAAGAGUUAUCUGCGUCGAUUUUACAGUUCAUCUCGCACUUAGUCUCGGAAGAUUUCGAAGAGGUACCUUCGGAUCUCGACCGGUUAGGAUUUAUUCCCAGCGGUAAACGAGAAGCCAUGGAAGACGCCGGCGUAGCUAGAGCGAUCGGUUUGCUCUUUUCCGCGUUGGCCAGAGGUGGCGGCGCGAGCGGUUUCCGGUCCGAACUCGGUUUACCGGACGAAGAGAAAUUGAAAGAGGUUCGAAAAGAGUUACGAGGUAUCAAGGAUCCGAAGAAGCGACGGGACGCGUUCAUUGAAAUCUCUGGCGGCGCGGAUUCAAAAGUUGCGAAACUUACGAAAGAUUUAGAAGGCGUCCAGGAAAAGUACGGCAACAUUUUCCAAAUUCCGAGUUAUUUUGGGUACAUUUUGCGUUCGUUUUCCGUGCUCGAAGGCAUCGGGUUAGCCUCGGACCCAGAUUAUUCCAUCGCGAACGAGUGCUACCCGUACGUCGCGCGAAGAUUAUUAACGGAUAAUUCGCCAACGUCUCGUCGAGCUCUUGAACACAUGUUAUAUGGUAAAGAUGGUGCCAAGAGUGGUCGAUUGAGCGUGAAACGAGUCAAACAACUUUCGAAUGCGUUCAGAUCCUACUCUUCGAUAACGGAUAACGAAAAGAUUGGCGAAACGGAGGUAGUCACGAAAGAGGUGGCAGAAAAGAAAGAAGAUGGUGAACGCACUGCUACUGUUUCUGCGCUUCCGAAGGGCGCGAAGCAAAUUUUGGAGCUCGCGCUUUCGCCCGAAGGUGGUCCGGCGCAAGACAUCGCGCUUCGCGAGUUUGGUCGCUUUCUCAUCGCCUCUGCGGCAGGCUCUGUGUCCUCCGUAUUCUCCGCGCCUUUACGAGCGCUCGAAGAAGUCGAGAAAUCCGUGCCAAAAGAAAUCAUGACACCGUUAGCACCGGCGCAUUUGGCAUUGAAAUCGCUUUCCGAUGUCUCUCGAGUGAGUAGCAAAGAUGCAGAGACGUUGGAAAUCGCUCGAGAGUUGACAUCUUUGAUCGCCGAACAAAAUUCUUCCUCCGCGACGACGACGACGACAACGACGACGACGAAACCGGCAAACUCCGAACAAAAGAAAGACGACAGCUCGUCUCAACUGCAAUUCCCACCCGUCUCCCUCUCGCCACCGUCUGAAAACGAUGUAAAAAUUGCCAUGGAACUUCUCGAAAUGGCGCCGAGACUCGCGCCGGGCGCCUCCGCCCUGGCGCUUCGCUUCGCCUCCGCCUUGAGCACCGAAGUCGCCGAGCGAAUCGGUGAAACCUCCUCUUCCUCCAGGAAAAAGUAG